AUGGAGUGUUUUUCUUUCUUUCCGUCCCAAUCGACUAUGAAGGAUCUCUCUUACGAAAAUCUGUCUCGUCUAGUCAAAAGCCAAGAUCUCCUUUCUCGUUUGCUACCUUUAAGGCUUGAUGGAGGAGAAAAAAAUGUUAGCUUUCAAUGGCUCGGUCCACACUUUUUAAUUUUUUUCAAAUAUGCAAAAGGAGUAUUUGAACGCGACCAUUUAGACGGCUACGGACCAUUUUAUAUUUACGAUCUGUAUUAUCUGUUGAAGCAUCUUGAUGAUUCGGCCUCCGAUUGCAUCUUAUACGAAGAGAUCUUUUCUCAUCACGAUAAUGAACAUUACAAAAACUUUUUAGAAAUCGUUCUCGCUUCCAUGCCAAAUCUUAAAAGGUUUUUCACAAUUGAAACACCCAUCAUAAAAUAUUUAAUGUUAGAUAAACAUUGGGAAAUCUUCGUCGUGUUUCUUUUUGAAACUAUUCAAGAAUUGCUUAGUUGCCAUAAGGAUUCCACCGUUCUUGUGAGUAAUCAACUCGAAUUUCUUCGGAAGGGGUUGAAAUUUCUGCUCGCGUUUCUUUUUUAUCCGAUUCCAAUCUUGGAGGAAAUAUGGAAGAAGAGUAUAUUCACAGAAAUUGAAGCUGUAUUUAAUGAAGCAGGACUUUUCUUGCGUUCUUUCUUUUUCACCACAGAUCUUGUUACCACCACCAAAAUGGAUCUUGCAAUUUUUGGUCUGUUAGAAAGGAUUGAGAUUGUGCUAGUGAAGGCUAAAUAUUACAUUAUUGAAUUGUCAAGUGAAGUUAGAAUUGGAAGCCUACAAGUUGCAGAAAGUCCAAGUGAAGUAUCAUCAUCCCAAGAUAAAAGCAGUCCCAUGGUAGAAGAGAUCGUUGUGGGCUUAGAGGACACGACAACACAAAUUGUGAGCAAGCUUGUUGGAGGACCAAACUACCGCCAGAUUAUUUCCAUCGUUGGAAUGGGUGGACUUGGCAAGACAACCUCAGCAAAGAAAAUAUACAAUCAUUCCCAUGUUCGGUACCAUUUUUAUAAGCUUUCUUGGUGUGUUGUUUCUCAAACUUAUAAAAAGAGAAAGCUGUUGACUGAUAUUUUGAGUUCUGUAAGUGAUCUUAACAGAGACGACAUUUCAGAAAUAAAAGAUGAAGAAGAGUUGGCCGAACUUCUUUACAGAAGUUUAAAGGGUAGAAGAUACCUCAUUGUUGUGGAUGAUCUAUGGGAGAAAGAAGCAUGGGAUGAUUUGAAAAGGUUAUUUCCAGAUGAUAGCAAUGGAAGCAGAGUAAUGUUUACCAGUCGGCUGAAAAAUGUGGCAUCGGAAAUUUCUCAUGUUAUCAUUGAACCUUCUCCCCUGUCACCAGACGAAAGUUGGAAAUUAUUAGAGCAGAAGGUGUUCAAAAAAGAAUGUUGUCCUCAAGAGCUGCAAGAUAUUGGAAAGCAAAUUGCAGCAAAUUGUAAGGGAUUACCACUUUUAGUAGUUUUGAUAGCUGGAAUUCUUUCAAAUAUGGAGAAAAAAGAAAGCUUAUGGCAACAAGUUGCUAAAAGUUUAAGUUCUUACAUUUCCCAAAAAGCUGACGACUACAUUCCCACAUUGAAACUUAGCUACAUCCAUUUACCAGAUCACUUGAAGCCAUGUUUCCUUUAUCUUAGUGCAUUCCAGGAAGACGAGGAAAUUCCAGUUCGGAAACUAUUAUUACUAUGGAUAGUCGAAGGAUUCAUAGAGAAAAGGGAGCAAAAGACCUUAGAAGAUGUAGCAGAGGAGUAUUUAAUGGAACUUGUUAACAGGAGCCUACUUCAAGUGUCCAAAAGAAGAUCUGACGAUGGAGUAAAAGGAUGUACUCUUCAUGAUCUAGUUCUCGAUAUGUGCAGCAAAAUGGUUGUAGAAGAUGAAAAUUUUCUAUUUCAACAUCAAUUCUUGGUAUCUAACCAUUGCCGUCUCCAUCACUUGUAUAUGGGUCAGUUUCAUCGCGUCUUGAUAUCCGAGAAUAUUUUCGAGGCCUUCUCCAUUGCUUAUAAUUUGGAAAAAAAUAGGAUCUUUGAUUUAAACAGUGAUAGAAAUGUUCUACGGGGAAUCAGAUUUGUGCCUGACAUAAGAUACUUGGAUUUUUCAAAAUUAGAGCCAUCAAUAGGCAAACUCCAUAACCUUGAAUAUCUUUGUUUGCAUGACAUAAAUGAAGUACCGACAUACCUUCUCAAUAUGCCUAAGUUGAGACAUUUAAGGGUCGGUAUCUACUAUAAAGGUGGCUACUAUGGUGGUGCAAGAUUCACUAAGAACAGUGAUAGCUUCCGAAUAAAUUGCCUACAAACCCCUGGUCUCGUUCAGAUUGUCGAUUUGGAAGACGAAGAAAUCUUGAAAUGUUCACCUAAUCUUCGUAUGCUUAAAUACAUAUCAAUAGACAAUUACUUUCCUGAUCUCAACUUUCUUUCUCAGCUUCAAACACUCACAAUUGCAGGAACACUAUAUGUCAUUAAUUGGGACAUUGCCCAACCUCGAGAAUCUGAAAUUAGACUACGCCUUUUCAGCAAAAAUUGGGAUACGAAGGAUAAAGAGUUCCGGAAACUCAAAUUCCUUCAAUUAUAUUUUGUACAACUUGAACAGUGGGAUUCGUCAAAUGAUCAUUUUCCUGUACUUGAACGACUGGUGUUGAGAUAUUGCAAAAAACUAGAGAAGAUUCCUUUUGAAUUUAGUUACAUUUCAACACUAAAGAGGAUUGAGUUAUCUUAUUGUGGUGAAAAUGUUGAAAAUUCAGCUCUGGAAAUUCGUCAAGAACAACUGGAUUAUGGCGCCACACUUAAGAUUCUGAAAUUAGAGUUGGACGUCUUUGAGGGAAAAUCUGGAACACAGGAUAAUGAGCUCCAAAAGCUAAAAUUCCUUGAAUUAUUGUAUUUAUACUUGUCAAGUUUUCAUUUGCAGUUGAAAAAGAAAAAAAAGAAAUCUGCUAAUCAGCUAGAUAAGUUGGCAGGGAGAUUAGCAUAA